AUGCUCCGGGACGAAAUCGAGCUGUUGAAAAAGGGCGAUGCGAAUCCGUUCAGCAAGAAAGAGAAGAAAGAUCGAUAUGCCGAGAUUUAUCGGCAUAUCUGCGAAAGUCUUUACGCUUAUCUUGCCGAUAACAUGGAAAGCCUCAUAUUUGAGCACAACAGGUCAAAAUUUGUUGCCGCAUCGUUGGAGAUCACAAGUGACUACGAUCUGUUCGAUCGGCAAGUCCCACUCGAGAUGCGAAAGCAUUGUAAUGAAGCCAUAGCGCAACUGGCUAAGCAGGAGUUGGGAUCUUGGAUCUGUUGCAACAAAGGUUGUCAUGUAUUGUUGAAAAUGAUUCAGUGCGGAGCGGAUAUUGUUAGACAGAAGGUGAAGGAGGCUGUCAACAUGAAGCAGCUCAAAGAAUAUACCUUCAAAGGAGCCAUGCUCUUAGUGCAGGAAAUUGCAAAGAGCUGA